AUGGAUAACGCAGACGUGAGCCCUCUAGCUCGCUCGAGAGCUAAAACCGUACAGUCGGUCGCUAUAACGGAGUCGGUCGCUGCCGAUGCGCUUCCUUUGUCGGCACACGAAGAGGACGAGAAUUCUGGCCCGGACGUUUUUGAGAAAGCGGCAUCGCCCGAGACAGCAAUGGGUGACGACGGCCAGCCCGAAGAGGAGGGCUCGGUGCUAUCGCGGAGUGUUCAGGGACAACCGGAAGAGCUGCCAGUUGAGUUGGCCAGCUUAACUGACCGCUUCGUGAACUCAUUGACCGCCAAAGUCCAUUCCUCCCCUCCCACGAUAGACAGGAUAUCUAGUCUCUACCAGGAUUUCUACGUCAAAGCAGACUCCCAUAUCGCCACACAUAUAUCUGCUCUGGCUUCUCGAAUAAAUCGCGACCCCAGCCAAGCGACACUCGGUGGCACCCCGUCGAAAACUAAGAAUAAGGACUUCGAAAAUGUCACUCCCGGUCGACAGAUGUUGACCGCCUCAGAAGUUACGGAGAAAAGACAAGCACGAAAGCUACUCGCUUCCAAGCGCCUCGGUCUGGAAGAAGCCGUGGAACGACGAGCUUGUGAGACGAUUUAUGACAAAAUAUGGAGACACAAAAGCACGCUCGACGAAGUACGAGAUGAGAAAUUGCGCUCGAAGACGGCGGCAUUGCUCCUAGUUGGAAUCAAUCUCAAAGACUUGGGGGUGGACGUUGAUAUGACCAGUAUCAGCCCGGAAAGGCAGAAGGAAGUGGAUGAGGGUCUUUCUCUUGCCCGUGAUUGUCUUGCGAAGAUGAAUGAGGAGAAGUAUCCUCUGGGAAAGCUCCAGCAUCUUGCAGCUGCCCACAAGGCCAUUGUGGACGCCUUGACGAAAUUACUACCUUCCUCCUCUUCUGCCGAUGAGAUUUUACCUACUUUGAUCUACUCACUUAUCACCUGCCCGCCGGAGGGCAUUAACAUCAUAAGCAAUCUCUAUUUCAUCCAAAGAUUCAGGUCGUCGGGCAAAAUUGAUGGCGAAACGGCAUAUUGCUUGACGAAUCUCGAGGCCGCAAUCAGCUUCCUAGAGAAUGUGGAUCUUUCCGAACUUCGCUCAGAUCUACCGGAAGGGCAGACGAAAGUUGCCCUUGAAGCGGUUGAUCCUCUUCCCAUCAGCCAUGAAACGCCCGUCUCCUCUGUUCCAGCUGAGGCAUCCGGUGAAUUCUCGAAACCCACCGGCAAGGAGGGUGCCUCCAACACUUUGCCCCGGCGUCAUAACCCUGCUUCAACCCAGCAACGUCUUAACAACAUAUUCCAACCUCCUUCAAAAGUGCUUGGGGCCGCAAAUGAUGUUGUGCGCAAUACUGCGGACCAGGGCUUGAAGAACAUUGGUGCAUCACUUGACAGUAGCUUCAACUUCCUCUUUGGCCGUCUGAAAGAACUGCAGUCAAGCCAGCCGGCCGGUAAAGAAGGGGGCAAUCCUGUCCUGCCCAAAACUUUAGCCGAAGCCCGGCGUCUGGUCGCGGCUCCGGUUUCUGGCGACCAGAACUCGGGCAAAGACGACAGUCCGGCGCAGUCGACCGCUUCUAAUGACCGACCUCCUCUAAGGCGCAUCGGUUCAAAGGCUGAGGAUGCAUUCCUAGGACUAGUCACGGGUCAACGAACUCCCCGUGACCGGAGUGUGGAUAGUGUCCGAACACAGGGCAGCGGCAGGAAGGCUACUCCCGGAAGUUCUAUCAAAGAUGAGCCCUCAACCGGGGGCUUCUCGCAAGGUUCAGCUGGCUCCCAGCCCCCUACACCUUUAGAAUCCAUGCGGAACUUCGGAAAUACUCUCAACCCUCUCAAUCAUAUCCCGGGCAUGAUCCGAAGCUUCGGGCGUCCGGUCCCCGACGGUUCUGGAGGGAUCGCAACGCCUCCAGAGAAGGCUCGACCAACGCCCGGCUCACGCGAGGUUUCCUCAGGAAGUGCUGCACCCUCCUCCUCCGCGAAAAUCGACCCUCCCAUUCAGCGAUUUCUUCAGACCCAGAACGUCGACGAUCUCACAAUAAAAGAUGUUGCCGCCUUACUGGAAGACUACAAGAGAAUUUCUGCAUUGUUGUUGAAGCAGGACUCCAAUUACAAAUAA